AUGGCUUUUGCGUACCACAGCGCGCGAGUGUACUCCCUCGAUGGCGGUGCGCGGGACUGCGUGUAUGUGAGCGCGUCGCUUGCCUACGUGCUGAGUCAAGGCGACGAUGCGGAAGCGCUUGCGGUCUCGCUGGCGUCGCCCGACGAAGCACGCGCUGCACAUGCAUCGCUCUCUUCGGUGGGCAGUGUGUACUGGGCGCAAAUUGCGUCGCCCGAGAUGGAGGGGGCGGCGGGUAUGGAGCACGGCGCAUUUCAUGUGUUUGUGCCCCCAUUGCUGUGCGCAUCCCUGCCCGAGCGUGUUGCCGUGCGCGGCGUACAGCCGAUUCCACUGCACGCGGCGUUUCUCGGCGUCGACGCCGCGCACGUCGAGCACGUCGCGCGCCACGAGGCCGCCGUGCGCGAUGCAUUGCACGGCAGCAUUUUGCACUGCGGCGAAGCGGUAAACGUUACGCUGGACGGUAUGGUGCUGGCGUUGCAAGUCGCCAUGACCGAGCCCGUCGUCCAAGGCGUCGUCGAGCGUACUUCCACGAAACUCACCGUGCUUGGCAUAAACGCACCGCCUCCGAGUGCCGCGCCUGUGCGGCCCGAUCCCGUUGUUGAUGCGCACUUUUUGGAGCGCGCGCUUGCGCAUGCACAGCACGGCACAUUGUUAACGGCAAAGCCCGCAUCCAUCGAGGUUGCGCAAGCGAUUGCACAGUGUAAUGACGCGUACAUUGACGCAGAAUCGGUCGUACUGGUGAGCGAGGCGAUGCUUGCGGGCCUAGCAGCGCUGAACGGCGACUGGUGCGUCGCACAGGUCGCCGCAGAGGAGCGACCACACAUGGUGCGUCUCCUCGCGACGCAGUGCCUGCUGGGUAUGGACGAAGCGCGCUGCUCGCCCGUGCUCCUGCAAAACAUGUACAGACCCGAAACGUUUCGCUUGCAGGACGCGGUGCCACUCACCGUGUAUCCCAUCCCGAGCGCGAUCCUUGACGAGCUCGAGUCGCUGCGUGUGGGCGACGCGGCUGCGCAAAAUCUCGCCGGAGCGCCGGGAAAGCCACCGCUGCUGCCUGCCGCCGAGGGUGUUACGGUAGCGCGCAUUGCCUCGCCCGUCGCGACGGACCGCGCAUACGACGAGGCGUGCUUGGAGGCGUUGCGGCGCCACUUUGAGCACCGCCCCCGCAUUCUGCGGCUCGGCGACGUAUUUGCCGUACCUGUAGAGACGGGUCGGGCGCGGUUUGAGCAAGUCGACGUGGAGCGCGAGCAUAUACCACAGGAGAGCGCGCGCGACUUGGCGCGCCAUGCACACAUGCCCGGCGCACUCGUCCCGAAACAUGCGCGCGAUGCUGUCUUUUUUGCCGUCACCGAACUUGAGUCUGCGCUGGUCGAUCCCAGCACGCUGCCGAUUCCCGAGGAUGCGCCUGCGCUGCGGCAGUGGUUCGAUACGCUCGCUACGUAUCCCAGCAUGGACUAUGUAGGCGCCUAUGUCGACGCGGCGCACUCCAAAAUUGUCCAAACAGGCCUCGAGCAGCGGCGCGUCGCGGAUGUGCAGGCAUGGCUUGCGCUUGCGCAGGAUACGCCGCCAUGUCCGCCGCUGCACACGCCGCUAACCGAGGGCAUUUUUGCCCGGUACGUCCAGCUUGUCCAAGCCGCCAUCUCGCCGAGCGCACAGCGCCUUGGCGUGCACCUUUGCAUUUUGCUUCACGGAGCAAAAGGUGUGGGAAAGCGGAUGCUCACACGCUGGGUUGCACAGCGGACGGGCGUGCAGCUGCUUGUGCUCAACUGCUACGAGCUCGUUUCUGACACAGACGCACGCACAGAGGGAAUGCUGCGUGCGCGCUUUGAACGCGCGCGCAUAUGUGCGCCGUGCCUUGUCCUCUUGCAGCACAUCGAUGUGCUUGUGCGCAAAGGACAAGAGGCGGCGCAGUCUGGCGUGUUCAAAGCGCUCCAAGCGUUUGUCAAAGAUCCGCAAGGGCUCGUCAUUGUGGGCACCACCGAGGACGAAGACGCGUGUGUGCCCGCGCUGCUUGGCCUCUUUAACGAGACGCUGAGCUUGUCGCCGCCGAGCGAGACGGAGCGCAAGCAGUUGCUGGAAAUGCAACUCGCACACUACACCAUUGCACGCGAUAUUGACGUACAAGCAUUGGCGAUGCAGACCGCCGCGCUGCUUGCCGCAGAUAUCGCCGGUCUCGUCGAGCGCGCGCGCCUCGCAUCGAUCGAGCGCCUCGCGCAGUCGCUGCAUUUGUACGCGCCUGCGUGUCCGUGGAAGAUUUCCGACCUUGCCGCUGCGCGCCCCGUCCUGGUUCAGGCCGAUUUAGAAGCGGCCCUCGCCCACGUCCGUACGCACUACUCGGAGAGCAUCGGCGCACCCAAGAUCCCCAACGUGACGUGGGACGACGUCGGUGGCCUUGCCGCGGUCAAGAACGAGAUCCUUGACACAGUGCAGCUGCCGCUCGAGCACCCAGAGCUGUUUGCCGACGGCGUGAAGAAGCGCAGCGGCGUACUCUUGUAUGGACCGCCCGGCACCGGAAAGACGCUCUUGGCGAAAGCAGUCGCCACCACAUGCUCGCUCAACUUUUUCUCUGUCAAGGGGCCCGAGCUGCUCAACAUGUACAUCGGCGAGUCGGAAGCCAAUGUCCGUCGCGUUUUUCAGCGCGCGCGCGACGCCAAGCCGUGUGUGAUUUUCUUUGACGAGCUCGACUCUGUUGCGCCCAAGCGUGGAAAUCAGGGUGAUAGCGGCGGCGUGAUGGACCGUAUUGUGAGCCAGCUACUUGCCGAGCUCGAUGGCAUGGCGAGUGGGUCCGAGGCUGGAGACGUUUUUGUGAUUGGCGCGACGAACCGGCCCGACCUGCUUGACGCGGCGCUUCUGCGUCCAGGGCGCUUUGACAGGAUGCUGUACCUCUCUGUCGCCGAGACGCACGAUGCACAGCUUACGAUUUUGCAGGCACUCACGCGAAAAUUCACGCUGGACGAGGACGUGGGCGAUUUGCGUGUGGUUGCCGAGCAGUGCCCGUUCAACCUGACAGGCGCUGAUUUCUAUGCACUGUGCUCGGAUGCUAUGCUUAAGGCGAUGACAGCCAAGGCAGGGGAGGUGGAUGUACAGGUAGUGAAGCUAUCGAAGGAGCCGCGCACAGACGCAACGCGGCAUUGGCCGACGCCGAUGACGCCGCAGUAUUACCUCGCCGAGAUUGCGACGCCGGGAGAGAUCCAAUUCAAGGUGCACCGAAGACACUUUGAGCAGGCGCUCCAAGAGCUCGUGCCGUCCGUCAGCGAGCAGGAAAUGGCGCACUACCGCGCGGUGCAAACCACAUUUUCGCCGCCAGCCGACGACGCGCCCAAAAAAGGCAAAGGCCGUGCUCCAUAG